CACUGGUCGCGUCUUUGGCAUCAUGGAGUGGGAUCAAAUCAUUCCAGCCAGAUUGAUAGAGGCCAAUGACCUUGUGUAUGUCUUGCGAGAUGUCUUUCAAACAAUCCACAGGUUAUCAAGCAAUAUUCAUGCAUUGCAACGCACACCUCAAAAUUGUCUCGAGCGAUCUCAUGUGUCGUAGAACUCAUGGCCGCACAAUUGGCAUAUUGGCCAAUCUGGAUUAUGCUACCCUCGACACAACCCUUGAUCCUACUUCACAGUCUUGCAUGGUCCCUACACCUUUCACUGUAUUGGACCUAUCUGUGGGGGGAUUCCUGUACCGACAAGAUCUCGAAUCACUGUUCUAUGCGUUUCUUUGGACUGUCUGCCGGUAUCACGACGGCAGAGAGAUACCAAACCCACCUCUGCAGGCAUGGCUGAGCGUAUCUGAUGCCCAGUUAAGAGCUAUCAAAUAUAAUUUUCUGUGCG